GUACAGUGCUUCACACUGUAGGAGUCUGAACACAUACAGAAACGCAACUGUAAACUCAGCAAGCAACAUGUUAGUGUUUUUCGCUGUGGUUUUAUCGUUGUCACUUGCGUCCGCAUUUGCGGACCGAGUGCCGCGCAGUUGUGGCGCUUGUGAACCCAGUCUGUGCGACCCUCUYCCAGAGGUGGGCUGCAAGUCUGGCACGAUUUUCGACUCCUGCGGUUGUUGUUCACUUUGCGCGGCUGGAGAGGGGGAGCCAUGCAGGGGGCGCGGAACCACAGCCAAGCGUUGCGCCUCUGGACUGGAGUGCGUUAAGAGCGACAAGAAGACMAAGCUCGGAGUUUGCGCCUGCAAGACCAAAUACGAAGUGUGUGGCUCCGAUGGAGUGACCUAUAAAACUGGCUGCGACUUGAAAGUUGCCAGCCUGAAAGCGGUGAGCGAGGAGAAGCCUGAAAUAAAAGUCCUGAAUAAAGGAAAAUGUGCAACAGCACCUGUCAUUGUGACGGCCCCUGGUGAGGUCUACAAUGUCACAGGCUCCCAGGUGUAUCUGAGCUGCGAGGCCAUUGGAAUCCCCACCCCCGUGAUCACCUGGAAGAAGGUCACCAGCGGAAAACAGAGAAUGGAGCUGCUUCCAGGAGACAGAGACAACCUGGCCAUUCAGACCCGUGGAGGACCUGAGAAACAUGAGGUCACCGGCUGGGUCUUGAUCUCGCCGCUCACCAAGGAAGAGGCGGGCUCGUAUGAGUGCCACGCUGUCAACGCCAAGGGAGAGGCCUCAGCGGUGGGCACCAUUCACGUGGUGGAGUCCAUCGAUGACAUCCCUGUCAAGAAAGUGGCCAAGGAUGAUGAGCUGUAAGGCGUCUCAGCACAGUAGAGCCUCAGUGGCGACUCCUGGAAGGAUCAGGAGAGGGAGAAGCCCCGACCAUCCCACCAGUAGACCUGUACAAUGACUAAGAAAGAGGACCAACAGCAACCAUCAGCAUCUCAGAGAUCCAUCACAUUUAUAUUUGAGAACGUUGCCGUUUGUUAAAUAUUUGUUAAAUAUUUUUGUCAUUUAGCAGACACUCUUAUCCAGAGCAACUUUCAGUAGUGAGCGCAUACAUUUAAAAAAUAAUAAUCAUACCGGUCCCCCAUCGGAAUCAAACCCACAACCAUGGAAUUACAAGCACCAUGCUCUAUCAACUGAGCCACACAGGACCUGUAACAAGUCACAGUUUUCAGUGAUAUUCAGUACACUGUAUUGUAGACAGUCAUCCACAAGAGUCAUCUAGGCCUCUCACACACAUUCAUUGUCACUGACAUCACACACAAGUCAUUCAUCAAUAAGUACACAGUGUACAAAACAUUAAGAACACCUUCCUAAUGUUGAGUUGUAUCCCCUUUUGCCCUCAGAACAGAUUCAAUUUGUUGGGGCAUGGCCUCUACGAGGUGUCAAAAGCCAACCACAGGAUGCUGGCCCACAUUGACUCCAACGCUUCCCACAGUUGUGUCAAAUUUCCUGCAUGUCCUUUGGGUGGUGGACCAUUCUUGAUACACACGGGAAACUGUUGAGUGUGACAAACCCAGCGGCAUUGUUGUUCUUGACACACUCAAACUAGUGCGCCUGGCACCUACUACCAUACCCCGUUCAAAGGCACUUAAAUCUUUUGUCUUGCCCAUUCACCUUCUGAAUGGCACACAUACACAAUCCAAGUCUCAAGGCUUAAAAAUCCUUCUUUAACCGGUCUCCUCCCCUUCAUUAACACUGAUUGAUGUGGAUUUAACAAGUGAUCAUAGCUUUCACCUGGUCAGUGUGUCAUAGGACGAGCAGGUGUUCCUACUGUUUUGUACACUGUGUAUGUGCACACACACACAAUUGCAUGUGCAUGCUUCACUCUUACACCAUCUUUUUUUGAUGUAGUUUACUGUUUUUUAAUUCUAGCAAAAAGAAUACAUUGCAAGACCAUCACUAGUUGGCCAAGCAGGGACAGAUUAACGAACGGGUGCGUGCCCCCUGACCUAUUGUUUUUUAUUAGCAUAUGAUAGCAAAAUGUGUAGAAUUGCAUGAAAUUAGCUUUAAAACUGCAACAUUUUCUCUCAGCCUCAUGRCAAAAUGUGAAUAAAAGCAUGAGAUGAGCUAUAAAACCGCAAAAAAAUAUCCCUUCCCCUUGGCAAAAAGUGUAGAAUUGCAGGAAUUUAGCUUUAAAACUGCAACAUGUUCUCUUAGCUUCAUGACAAAAUGUGCAGAAUAGCACUCAAACUACAACAACAAAAAAUCUGCACAAUGGCAAAAUUUGAAAUGCAGGAAGUUAACGGAUUACCCCCCAAAAAUGGAGGCCGGUUCCCGGUGGCCACAAAUGCAGUAGUUCGGCCCUGUGGGCAAGGCAGAAACAUAGACACCCGGCAUUAAAAAAAUUACCCUUACUAAAAUUGUAAUGUGAAAAAAUACAUGAAUUUGAAUAAAUCUUACAUUUGAAAUUAUUUUUUAUUUUAUUUCUAAUGUACCAAGGUUAUUUUUUGGACCUCCUGAAAAGUACACAAAUCAUUAUUUCCCUUGACAUGGUGCUUGACAAGCCAUAAAGACAUGCCUUUGCAAAAGCCAUUGUGUGGAGUGAGUGAUCAGGAAUAAGAGGAAGGAAAACCAAACUCAGAACACUCUUGCAUUCAUAUAAUCCCAGUAUUCGCAUACUACGGGUUUAGCUACCCAUCCAAACAGUGGCAGAUGUCUGGGGAUGUACUGUAGGGCAUAUUGAGCAACCGACAAGUAUGAAAUGGCGUAGAAAAAGGAGGAUUUAUGAUGGAAUGUAGAGAUCCACUUUCGGUGCUAAAAGUCUGCAACUCCAAUGAAGAGGCCAGCAGACAAUGCUUUUCCCAAAUGUUUCUAGUUUUUCCAGACUUAAGCUGUAUGUAUGAAUUUGCUGUAUUCACGUUGGUGUAUGGUUUACUAACACUAGAUGUUAUUACUAUGUGACAGGUGCUGUACAUCACUAAUAAAUACAAAAAUUGA